AUGACCAAAGGACCGGCAAACCCAUUUGGGCAUCCGCUUUCUAAGGAUGCAAAAAGCUUGGUGAACGACGUGAGACUAAAGCUGUCGCAGCCGAUCCAUCCUAAGUUUGACACCGACUUCAACGUAUACCGCUUUGUCCUGGCCUCCGAGCGACAUCACAAAAAAGAAAAGGACAUUGUCGACGCUGCCGCAAAAGCCUUGAACAAUCAUUUACGAUUCAGAAAAGCGUUGGGAUUGGACACUGAAGACGUUGUCUCGUUCGAUGAAAACCCAAUUUUCACCAAGCGCCUAAUGCCAAAAGGGGAGCUGCUUGAUGUGACGGAUUCUAGCAAUCGAUUGCUGUGGUAUAUCGACUACGCUUCGAUUACGGUUGAGUCUAUCGCUCACACCAUCCCCAGCUCGUUUACCUGUAAAUGCCAGUUCUGGCAAUUUGAGCAAAUGUUGAGGAAAGUGAUGGCACAUGAAGAAAAAACGGGCAAGUUCAGCUCAUUGCGCCACAUUAUCGACCUGAGCGGCUACGACUUGAACCCAUUCACGAUGUUGUUCUUGAGCAGCGGAACGAUGGCCUAUUAUACCCAGCUGUUCCACUUUGAGCACUACCCGGAGCUGGUAUCUCCCUGCGAGACGGUGAACAUCCCCAGUUGGGUGCACAUGCCGUAUCGGCUAAUCAAGGGCAUGAUGCCGGCCGGUUUCACCGACCGCUUCAAGCUGUACGACAAGAAAUUUUUGGAGAUCCUCCAGGAGGAGAUCAACAUUAAGCAUAUUCCGACUACGUUGGGUGGAGAGAAUCAGGACAUCCGCUGCGUCCCUGCCCUCAAAGUCCCGGAAGAAAAAUAUUGGCAACCUUCUGAAAACGAGAUCAUCGACCUUCUUGAGAACUUCCACGUCCCCGCCAGAAGAUCCCGACACUUUACAGUGGAUGCCAAAGAGGGAGAGACUCUCUCGUGGUACUACCGAACUGAUGGGGACCUCUAUUUUGGGGUGUUUUUCCAGCCCCACCACGAGGCAAAACCCGAGGAUAAAGAGUUGGAUCAUGAAAACUUCGAACUUGUCUACCCGUUCAUAAAAGUGGCCGCGAAACUGGUGCACGAGAGGGAUUCUAUCAAAUGCAAUAAGGAGGGGAGAUACUUCUUCCUAUUCUGCAACAAACACGCAUGGCUGUCCAAAAAGACUGCCGACGUAAUGUUGACGGUCACAAAUUCUGAUGGAGAAAGGAGGAGAGUUUUUGCCGAUGGAACACACGCCAAAUGCGAUUUGGUUGUG